GGAAAUUUGGUGGCUCUGCGCUCACAAAGGCGGAGCCCACCCGGUCCGGAGCGCUCCAGAACAUCCCAGAGAAGAUUUGAUGAAGUAGCCCUCUGUGGAAGGAUCUGCACUGUACCCUAAAUAAAAAUGUCUUUCCACGUAGAAGGACUGGUAGCUAUUAUCCUCUUCUACCUCCUUAUAUUUCUGGUUGGAAUAUGGGCUGCAUGGAAAACCAAAAACAGCGGUAACCCAGAAGAGCGCAGCGAAGCCAUCAUAGUCGGGGGCCGUGACAUUGGUUUGUUGGUUGGUGGUUUUACCAUGACAGCCACCUGGGUUGGAGGAGGCUACAUCAAUGGGACAGCAGAAGCAGUGUAUGGGCCAGGUUGUGGUCUAGCUUGGGCUCAGGCACCCAUUGGAUAUUCUCUGAGUCUAAUUUUAGGUGGUCUGUUUUUUGCGAAACCUAUGCGUUCCAAGGGAUAUGUGACUAUGUUAGACCCAUUUCAACAGAUCUAUGGAAAGCGCAUGGGUGGGCUGCUCUUCAUCCCUGCACUAAUGGGAGAGAUGUUCUGGGCUGCAGCAAUUUUCUCUGCAUUAGGGGCCACCAUCAGCGUGAUCAUUGAUGUGGAUGUGAACAUAUCGGUCAUUGUCUCUGCACUCAUUGCCAUUCUUUACACCCUAGUGGGUGGGCUCUACUCUGUGGCAUAUACUGAUGUUGUCCAGCUAUUCUGCAUUUUUAUAGGACUGUGGAUCAGUGUCCCUUUUGCCCUGUCACAUCCUGCAGUCACCGACAUCGGAUUCACAGCUGUGCAUGCUAAAUACCAGAGUCCCUGGCUGGGAACCAUUGAAUCAGUUGAAGUCUACACCUGGCUUGAUAAUUUUCUGUUAUUGAUGCUGGGUGGAAUCCCAUGGCAAGCCUACUUCCAGAGGGUCCUCUCUUCAUCCUCAGCCACCUAUGCUCAGGUGCUGUCCUUCCUGGCAGCUUUUGGGUGCCUGGUGAUGGCUCUACCCGCCAUAUGCAUAGGAGCUAUUGGAGCCUCCACAGACUGGAACCAGACUGCCUAUGGGUAUCCAGAUCCCAAGACUAAGGAGGAAGCAGACAUGAUUCUCCCGAUCGUUCUGCAGUACCUCUGCCCUGUGUACAUCUCCUUCUUUGGGCUUGGUGCUGUUUCAGCUGCUGUCAUGUCCUCAGCUGACUCAUCUAUCCUGUCUGCGAGUUCCAUGUUUGCUCGGAAUAUCUACCAGCUUUCCUUCAGACAAAAUGCAUCAGACAAGGAAAUUGUGUGGGUCAUGAGGAUUACUGUGCUUGUGUUCGGAGCAUCUGCAACAGCCAUGGCUUUGCUGACGAAGACUGUGUAUGGGCUCUGGUACCUGAGCUCUGACCUUGUCUACAUCAUCAUCUUCCCACAGCUGCUCUGUGUACUCUUCAUCAAAGGAACCAACACUUAUGGGGCAGUUGCUGGUUAUAUUUUUGGACUAUUCCUGAGAAUUACUGGAGGAGAGCCAUAUCUAUACUUGCAGCCCUUAAUCUUCUACCCUGGUUAUUACUCUGACAAGAAUGGUAUAUACAAUCAGAGGUUCCCAUUUAAAACUCUCUCCAUGGUUACCUCAUUCUUUACCAACAUUUGUGUUUCUUAUCUAGCCAAGUAUCUAUUUGAAAGUGGAACCUUGCCUCCAAAAUUAGAUGUAUUUGAUGCUGUUGUCGCAAGGCACAGUGAAGAGAACAUGGACAAGACCAUUCUAGUCAGAAAUGAAAAUAUCAAAUUAAAUGAACUUGCACCUGUGAAGCCUCGGCAGAGCCUAACCCUCAGUUCAACUUUCACCAAUAAAGAGGCCCUCCUUGAUGUUGAUUCCAGUCCAGAGGGGUCUGGCACUGAAGAUAACUUACAAUGACCCAAUCUAAAAUAUACAGAAGAGGGCAUUGCUGUAGGGUAGUACUGGAAGAAAGGCUUGGAGCAUAUCUUACACAUGUUAAAAUAUAAAUGUCUAGAGGAAAAUAGUUUUGCAGAAAUAAAAUAACUUAUGACAGAUGAGUUCAGAAAAAAUAACAAUUGCACAGUGAGAAGGAAUCAAGCAUGAAGCCAAAAGCUUUAUCUCUCAUCAUAGCACUUUUAAUUUUAAAUAGCAUUGUUAAGCAUAUAAAAAUGCAUAAAGCCCUAGCCAAAGAAGGUGGCCAAAUAUUGCUUAUCUUUAUUAUGGAAAAAAGGGGAAUAUAUAUUAGAGAGUCUAUGGGAAGGAGAUUGGCUGGUCCUGAUCAUCUUCACUGGCUAAUGCACUGGACACCAGUUUAAUUACUACAACGUGGAGGAUAUGCAUUCAUUCACAGUCACUACUGUGGAUGAUGCAGUGAGUUAGCCAGUUCACUUCUCUCCAUGGGUAAGCUGUCUUGCUCUUGCCUGAUUUGAACUGUGGCUUUUACUCAUUUUUCAAGGUGUGCUUCCUUACCCUUUCUUGCCAUCUUGCAUGUGUACUCUCUCCACCAUCCCUUUAUCUAUCCAUCCCCUCCUACUCUCUACUUCUUUUCCUUUUUUCUGCCCUUCCCUUUCUCUUCUUUUCUUCCCUUUCCUUUUCUCUUCAUAUUUUUUUUGAGGUGCUGGAAAUCUAUUGCACAUGCUGGGUAAGAACUCUCCUACUGAGCUACAUUGCAGCCCCACAAUAAUUUAUUUAUUUUUUCAGUGAUGCCAUACAUUAUUCUAAGCACAAGCAACACAAACCAUAUCUUACUUAAUAGUGACAUUUUAUGUGUAAAUGAUAGAAACACAAUCUAUGUUGGAGUUGGAAAAAAGCACUGAGCUCUUCAAGUAUAUCUAAGAUUGCCAUCUGCACAAAGAGAAGGGCUUGAAGCCAAGCAUGAAAUGGUUGCUGGAUGGCAUUACAGAAAUAAGUCAAGAAGAAAAGUAAAGGAAGGAGAAGAAGAAAAACAGAUUUCUAUCUCCAGCUUUUAGACAUUAAAUAUUGUUACACAUUACAAAUACAGUGUCUUGGCCUAUCAGUGUUGGAGGCAAAGAUGAGCCAUCUGUAAAGAGAGAUUUCUAACAUCUGUUAGAGGUGGCACCUUCUUUAUCAGCAUGCAUUCAAUGCAUAUUUAUUACCAGCAGCUUCCAAACACCUCACCAAGAAACUGGAAAACAAACCCUGCUUAUUUUGGACAUUUAUUAACGGAAUAGUUUAGUGUUCAGGAUCUACUCUUGACACUGUUCCACAUAAGCCAUUUUUAGGGACUGGACACAUCACAACAAGUAUGUAUAGUGAAUAUCAAAUGUAAUAGAAAGAAAACAGUAAAAACAAGUCAUAGAAAGAAGAAGCCAUCAUUUUUAAUAUCUGUUGUGUACAUGGAUUUCAAGAGGUCAGUCAUUAAAUGUAGUUUUGCUUCUCUUUGUCUUGUUCAGAAUUACACACAAACCUUGUGCCCCCAAACCCUAGAAUUCUUUUUAUAGGUUACAGUUAUUAUCUCUCAAAGCAUCAAAAGGUUGAAGUCCUUUGCUUAAGAAUGUGACUUAAAGCCGGGCGUGGUGGCGCACGCCUUUAAUCCCAGCACUCGGGAGG